AUGGACGAAGCAGGGAUACAGCUGCUCGUAGCGCAGCCUCGGGCCCCUUCGUUCACGAUAGCACACCAGAAGGUGGAGCUCGAUAUCAGCUUCAACCAACAAGUCACAGGGAGGACUGAAAUCACGGUCUAUCCUGACUCUCAAGACCUGAAGGAAAUCAGACUGCAUGGCCGGAUCUGUACCAUCCAAAAGGUCUUGGUGAAUAACAUCCCACCGGCCUCAGUCGGCCAUGAAGACCCUUGCGACCAGCUCACCCUCCACGCGGACGCGACGGUUCAACAACAUCACUUGCUGACCGAGAAGGUGGCGAGAUCGGUCGGCCCCGAACCUGAGCCAGACAUCAUCAUUAGCCUCCCAAAGAGACUGAGAAUAGUGCCGGUUGAUGUUGCGGAAGUGCACACUCAAGCUACAGGUUCCAUCAAGAUCCAAGACCCUCUAACCAAUGGCACAUCUGCGGUUGAGGCUACCCAAGCGCUGUCAGACACAACCGUUGCCAGAUUCACACCUUUAACUGUAAUCAUAGAGUUUACAUCUUGCCAUGUUCGGGAAACGGUGCAGUUCGUCACCGGCAGACGCGGAAGUGGGCGAUGGCCUCAUGCAUAUACCCGGUCGAAACUGGGCCCCGGAGGUGCCUCGUCCUUGUUUCCUUGCGUCGAUGUUAUCACCAGCCGCUGCACAUGGGAUAUCUCCAUCAAGUGUGCCAGGACCAUUGGCGAUGCGCUCAACCAGGUGAUGGUGCUCGAUCCUGCCCAGCCAAAUCCCGAAACUUCAUCAAAAGAAUCACGGGGCCAGAGUUACGAGGGAAAGGAGAUGAUGGUUAUCUGCUCUGGCGAACUGACCGACGAGAUCGUGGAUAAAACCGACUCGUCUCGGAAAACGGUGUCGUUCUCCUGCUCUCAGCAGUUAGCGCCGCAGCAGAUUGGCUUUGCCAUCGGACCGUUUGAGCAAGUCAAUCUAAGCGAACUGCGAGAUGCUCAAGAAGUGGAAGAACUGGGCCGCAAUGCAGUCGAGGUGCUUGCGUAUUGUCUUCCUGGACGAGUAGAAGAAACCAAGAACACAUGUCUACCCACCACGAAAGCCUUGGACUUCGUGGUUCACAAGUACAUAUCUUGUCCUUUCAAGUCAUACUCAAUGGUUUUCGUGGAGGACAUGCCUUCCGACACCUCCAUCUUUGCAGGCGUGACAAUGUGCAGUUCCAGGCUACUGUACCCGGAAGAAGUCAUCGACCCAGCUCAAGAGGUGACCAGACAGUUGGUCCAUGCGAUUGUCUCCCAAUGGAUCGGUAUCAACAUUGUUGCCGAGGAGCCUCGAGAUACUUGGGUCAUUGUGGGGGGUUCAUAUUUCAUCACGAACCUCUUUAUGAAGGAUCUCUGCGGAAACAAUGAGUACCGAUACCGCAUGAAACAGCAAGCCGAUCGUGUCUACGAGCUGGACCAUGAUCGUCCGUCCAUCUAUGACAUGGGCUCGUUGCUGCACGUCGACCCCGCCGAGUACGAGUUUUUGACCAUCAAGGCACCAGUUGUACUGUUUAUUCUGGAUCGUCGAAUAGCUAAAACUCAAGGCGCCUCGAAAAUGCCCGGCAUUCUGGCAAAGAUCCUUACCAGAGCUCGGACCGGCGAUCUGGUCAAUAACGCACUAUCCACGGAUUUGUUCCAGAGAACAGCCGAGCGUAUGGGACACAUCAAAAUCGACGACUUUCUAGCCCAGUGGGUGAAAGGUGCCGGUUGUCCUAGGUUUCAGGCCUUUCAGAGGUUCAACAAGAAGAAACUAGUCGUUGAGAUGCUUAUCAAGCAACUUCAAGGCACCGUGAUGACAGAGCGAGAACUCGAGGUCGAUUCGUUCAUCAGAGAUGCUCGUGAAGACUUCCAAAGCGUGUACGCCGCUCCAGCACAACCAGUGUUCACGGGCCCAAUGACGAUUCGAAUUCACGAGGCGGAUGGGACGCCUUACGAGCACAUAGUUGAGAUCAAAGACGCCAGCACAACGUUCGACAUACCCUACAACACCAAGUACAAGCGUCUUAAGAGGAGCAAGAAACAACGGGCCCGAGCCAGUGCCAGGGCUGCCGCUGAAGGGGGAGACGAAGAGAAUGAUUCUCUUGUCUACUGCCUGGGCGACGUCCUACAAAGCGAGGAAGAAGUGGCCAACUGGAGAAUUGCCGAAUGGAGCACAGAGGACGAGGAACGAAUGAACUCGGAGUCAUAUGAGUGGAUUCGGUUGGACGCGGAUUUUGAAUGGAUCUGCCGAAUCAAUUUGCAGAUGCCGGGGUACAUGUUCACUUCCCAGCUGCAGCAGGAUCGCGACGUUGUCGCGCAGCUCGAAGCGCUCAGACAUAUCUCAGUAUAUCCGCCUGCACCUUUGGUUUCUUCCAUCUUUGUCCGCACGCUGAUGGACCGGCGCUACUUCCAUGGCGUCCGGGCGCUAGCAGCCCAAUGUUUGGUGAAGCAUGCUAGAGACGAGGGCGAGGCGAAGAACAUUGGGCUUUUCCAUCUCAAGAGGGCGUUUGAGGAACUGUAUUGUGUACGGGAUGAACAAGGCUCGGCUAUGACACGGCCCAACGACUUCUCCGACCAGCUGGCGUAUAUGCUGCAGUGCGAGAUCGUCGAGGCCAUCGGCAGGGUGCGAGACAGCAGGGGACACACUCCGACGGAAGUCAAGGAGUUCCUGCUCGACAAGCUCAAGUUCAACGACAACUCGGCCAACGAGUAUUCGGACGCAUACUACAUCGCGCGGCUGAUGAAAGCACUCGCUCAGGCCGUCAUUGCACGACCUCAACCGCCGCCGCAAAUGCAGUCGAUCGACUCGGGCGCCAACGGGGACAUGGUCAUGGGCAUGGAUAACAUGGAUCUCGAUUUCGAAGACGAGAUGCACGAGAUGCGCCAAUUCGAGCUGCAGGCCCUCGAAGAAAUCGACCGGUACCGCCGAAUGGACGAGUGGACCAGUUCCUACCAGAAUCUGUAUUCCCGGACGGCGCUGGAAUGCCAGGCCAUGCUUGCCGCGACUGGCAUUGGUCGGUUCUCGCCACUGCAUUUUCUGCAGUACACCAGACCGGGCAAUUACGAGAUGCUGCGCGCGGCGGCAUACAAUGUGCUUCUGGGUCCCGCCGUCUUCGACAACACCUCGAUCCUUCGCUACGUGUUGUACUGCAUGGUCGCCGACGCGUCGCCUUGGUUGCGCCAGAGUCUGCAGCGUGCAUUUGGCAAGGUGCUGGCCAAGCGAGCCAUCGGCGACAGGAAUACAACGGCGCCACCCGCAGCUGAUGGCCUGGUCAUUGAGGACACGGCAGCUGGGGCCGACGCCCGGCAGCACGAGCUGGCAAGACGGCAGACCAUCGAGGGUGCAAUGGCCGCGUUGAAGCAGGAGCUUGGGGACAACCAUGUGCUGCAAUCGGCCUUGUGGGAUGCAGUCUGUUACGACCAAAUCACGCUCGAGGAUUUACAGACGCUGCUGGACUUCUGCCGACUGCUUUAUGAGCCGAUCAACCGUAUGAGGGUGACACUGCGACUGCCGCGCUACUGGCGGGUAGACAAUCUAGGCAAGGGCAAACUCAAGUUCAGCCAAACGCGCAGAGUCAGGUCGAAGCCUGUUUCCAAAUGGCAGCCCGCUGUGCCUGUGCCGCCUGGUCGUCCAGCUCCAGUCCUGCCACCAGCACGACCUGUCGCUACGCCAGCUAGUGGCUUGAAGCUGACUUUCAAGAUGGGCUCGAGCCAGUCUUCAAACCCGACACCCACUCCCCCGCCGCCGGCACCGGCACCACCUCCCCCUCCUCCUCCUCUUCUGCCACCGCAGCCGGCGCAAACGCAACCACAGCCACCGAAACCAUCAGGCGGUCCAGGUCGCGUUGUACUGAAGUUUAAGGGAGCCUUCAAGGGAUGA